AUGUUGCGCAGGGUGGAGAUUUCAAUUUCAACCGUCGACAAGCACCGCUUACCUGUCAAUGAAUCUUGCCCCUGGAGCCACGGUUCUGGGACUGUUCAUGAAGGCGAUGGAUGCUGGAGCUUUGAUGGCCAUCCGGUUGAAACUGGAGCAGAUUUGUGGGCUUGCAUGCAAAAAACACCAUGCGAGAUAACAGACAAUCGUCUACAAUUCGUACCCAUCAGGGAUCCUCGUGCUGUGGCCGUCAGCACCUACUUCCACCGUGUGCACAAGGAUAACAACUACCAGAAGCUGCACCCGUCUUUGGACCAGACAGUUUUGGAGAUUCUCCCGGUUCUCUGCCACUUUACAACCCUGCGUCAUAUACUGUUCGGGGGGCUACUGUCCAACAGGACUGAAUUGUUUUGGUACGAACAAACUGUCGAAGACCCAUUUGACUGGCAUUACCGCUGGGCGUCAUUUGCCGGCCUGAUUCUGCCUGGAGGCUGGAUCGAUGGCAUGGUAGCGGAAAAUCAAGCGCACAAGCACUUGAACCCUCACCCGGGGGGAGCAGAGACAUCAGACAACCGGACCUGGCAGGACGAGGUUUCCCCGGGGAUACGUCCAGAAAUGGACUCCAUCCUGCGGAAGUGGCUGCCCGGAGUACUUCUUGCCCGAUAUGGAAUUCCGCCUUAAUUAGAAGAUUGUCGACGAUAUGCAGUGAUUUUGGGUGCAGCAAAGCUACUUGCGUCCAACGAGUAAGCUUGCCGGCACUGCACAGACAGUAUUAAACGUCUAGGAGCGCCCCCGCCCCCGCCAAGGCCGUGUAUCUCGCGGUAAUCAAACGUAAUUGCAAGGUGGUGUUAUUCGAAAACACAGUUAGUUACGGAAAUUGGUUGGUUGCCUCUCGUAUAUUUGCGGGACGCGUGCAAUUCCUUAAGUUGUUCGGCGAUGAAUAUUCUUCAACAAUCCCCUUGCUGCUCUUGCUAUGGCCGUUCCACGUGACAUGACUUGUUGCCCGACCAGAAUGUUCCUGAAAAAUCUCGCACAUUGGUUUGUGGCACCGGUCGGUGUUAGGGCCGUUAUCCUUGUUCACCCCCUGGAUCGGGUAGCCGUGGAGAAGUGCCAGUCGGGGAAAGCAACACACGAAGAAAUACUACGCAGAUUGUUAGAGAGAAGAGCGUCGUGUACGUGUGUGUGUCGUGGAAUAUCUCAGGUCAGGGUGUCGGUGUUUACCCCGCGAAAACGAACGUUCGCUACUUCCCGGUCGAACACCCAAGCGGCGGUCGAGUGUUCACAACGCAGUGACAUUUUUUUUCUGUUGUAGUUUCGUCUACGUUUUUGGAUCACUUGCAAAAAGUAGUGGAUUUAUUUGAAUGGGGCCUCCUGUACCGGCAGGAGGAUGUCACUCAUUUCAUGUGGUGCCUCGCUGAUUGAUUCGGUUUCGCUCAGCGCGGCAUCACACCCAAAAAGGGUUCAACGGUGGACAUUCCACGGUGGAGAUGCCAUAUAGAUAUAGUUGGGCGUGUGGGAUGGUCUCUGUUUUGGUAUCUCUGUCUACCUUUUCGACGCUGUUGGGGGGAAAACAGGGACUGGUCAAUAGGUUUGUUCAUUACUCCGUAGUACGGGGGGCCUGCAGCUGGGGUGGACCUGUGCCAGACCCGUUCCCCUUCUGAGGUCUCCCCGAUGAACCCCAACCCAGGUGUAAACUGGAGUUUGAACAAUCUCGCAUAAAAGUACUGAAGAAAACUUGUCCGAAAAAACGGAAAUCAAAUCUCAAAUCAAGUAAAUU